CAACUUGGUUCAUUACUGUAAUUGAAUUGAGUAGAGAAAGUACAUGUUUGACGUAGCAUUUUUCAGUAUUUCAUCAGUGAACUUAUAUUUAUAAAAUUAGUUAUUCUAAAGGAAUAAAGAGCAGUUAUCGAAAUGGUUGACAUAAAAACCCAAGAAAUCAGUGAGGAAAAUGAUGUUCCGCAAAAAAGUGCGAAACAGUUACAGAAAGAAGCGAAGAAGUUAGCAAAACUCGAAAAGUUUAAACAAAAGCAAGAGAAAAAGGAGACCGAAAAAGUUCCAAAAGUGAAGGAAAAGAAUGAAAAAAUUGAAAAGAAAAAGGAGAGUAAAGAAUCUGCAGUGUACACAAUAAAUACACCUGCAGGAGAGAAAAAAGAUGUUGCGUGUACCAUGCCUGAUACGUAUAGUCCAAAGUAUGUUGAAGCUGCAUGGUAUGCAUGGUGGAAGAAACAAGGUUUCUUUAAACCUGAAUACAGUAACAAAAAUAUAUUAGAGCCAAAUCCUAAAGGAAAAUUUAUCAUGGUGAUACCUCCUCCAAAUGUAACUGGUUAUCUUCACCUUGGUCAUGCUUUAACCAAUGCCGUAGAAGACGCUAUUACAAGAUGGAAUCGUAUGAAAGGCCGUACAACUUUAUGGAAUCCAGGUUGUGACCACGCAGGUAUUGCUACUCAGGUUGUGGUUGAAAAAAAACUUUGGAUGGAAGAAAAGAAAACACGUCACGAUAUAGGGAGAGAAAAUUUUAUAGAAAAAGUUUGGAAAUGGAAAGAGGAGAAAGGAGACAGAAUUUACUUACAGCUGCAAAAACUGGGUGCUUCAUGCGAUUGGGAUCGUGCUUGCUUUACUAUGGAUCCUAAGUUAUGUAGAGCUGUUACAGAGGCAUUUAUAAGGUUACAUGAUGAUGGUAUAAUUUAUAGAAGCAAUCGCCUAGUUAAUUGGUCUUGUACAUUGAAAAGUGCUAUUUCUGAUAUUGAAGUUGAUAAAGUUGAAUUAACUGGUCGUACAUUACUUUCAAUUCCCGGAUAUCAAGAAAAAGUAGAAUUUGGAGUUUUAGUAUUAUUCAAUUAUGAAAUAGUAGGUUCUAAAGAGAAAAUAACAGUAGCUACUACUCGUAUUGAAACUAUGUUAGGAGAUACAGCUGUUGCUGUUCAUCCUAAAGAUGCUAGAUACAACCAGUAUAUUGGAAAGUAUGUACAACAUCCGUUUUGUGAUAGGAAGUUACCUAUCGUAGCCGACGAAUUUGUUGAAAUGGAAUUUGGAACAGGUGCCGUAAAAAUAACCCCAGCUCAUGAUGCUAAUGAUUACGAGGUGGGAACAAGACAUAACUUACCGUUUAUCACGAUUUUCGAUGACAACGGGAAUAUUAUUGGAGACUGCGGACAAUUUACGGGAAUGAAACGGUUCCAUGCCAGAACAGCCAUAAUAAAAGAAUUGAAAGCAAGAAAUUUGUUAGUUGAAAUUAAGGAUAAUCCUAUGGUGGUGCCGAUAUGUAGCAGAUCUAAAGAUGUUAUUGAACCAUUAAUGAAACCCCAAUGGUAUGUAAAAUGUAACGAAAUGGCCGAGAAAGCAAUGCAUGCAGUGAAAACGGGUGAGCUGAAGAUUAUUCCGGAUCAAUAUAAAAAAAUUUGGUAUCAUUGGAUGGAGAACAUAAGAGAUUGGUGUAUUUCCCGUCAGUUAUGGUGGGGUCAUCGUAUUCCUGCUUAUUCUAUUAAGACAGUGAAUACAUUGACGAAUUUGAAGCCAGACGAUGAUUAUUGGGUAAGUGCACAUUCGCAAAAUGAAGCAAAAGAAAAAGCAGCUAAAAAGUUAAAUACAACUGUAGAUAAUAUUAUCGCUGAACAAGAUGUUGAUGUAUUAGAUACGUGGUUUUCUUCUGGUUUAUUCCCGCUAUCAGUAUUUGGAUGGCCAGACGAGACAGAUGAGUUCAAAGCAUUUUAUCCUGGCACACUGUUAGAAACUGGACACGAUAUAUUAUUUUUCUGGGUAGCAAGGAUGGUAUUCCUGGGUCAAAAGUUGACAGGAAAAUUACCAUUCAAAGAAGUAUAUUUGCAUGCUAUGGUACGAGAUGCACAUGGAAGAAAGAUGAGCAAGUCCUUAGGAAAUGUCAUAGAUCCCAUGGAUGUAAUUAACGGAAUAUCGUUGGAGAACCUUCAUAAACAACUAAUGAAUUCCAACUUGGAUCCAAAAGAGCUUGAACGUGCUAAAGAGGGACAAAAACGUGAUUAUCCACAGGGCAUACCCGAGUGUGGAACUGAUGCUCUAAGAUUUGCUCUUUGCGCUUAUACAAUGCAAGGUCGUGACAUUAAUCUUGACAUCAAUCGUGUACAAGGAUACCGCUUCUUUUGUAACAAAAUAUGGAAUGCAGCAAAGUUUUGUUUCACGUAUUUGAAUUCCAAUUUAAAUUGUAACGAAGACAUUCAAUCGCAGAAUCAUUACGACAACAAUAUAGUAGGCGACAAAGAAUGGUAUCAUAAGACGUUGAAAGAAAGAUGCGUACAGGAAGCAUUAAAUAAUUAUUUAGAAGAUUACUCCUACCUCGACGGAUACAGUCCAUCACAAAUUGAUGCGAAGGCUUAUCAAGCCAUGAUGAAAUUGGAUAUUAAUUUCAUAAAAUAUCCCCAUUUGCAACGGUGGUAUAAACAUAUAGCGUCAUUCAGUCAGCAAGAACUAUCUGUACUUCGCGUAGAAGAAGGCAAAAUAUUACCCAACUGUGCCUGCGAAGUACUUAAUCACAGUAACAGGACAAAGCAGUUGUCAAAUGAAACCAAUGUCGAUUUAUGGAUGCUCUCCCGUGUGAGUUACGCUGUGAGUACUUGCGACAAAGCUAUGGCGCAAUAUGACUUCCAAACAGCCACCACUGCUUGCUACAACCUUUGGUUAUACGAUUUAUGCGACAUUUAUUUGGAGUAUUUGAAACCAAUAUUUCACAGUAACGAUAACGAAAGAAAGUCUGCAGCAAGGAAAACUUUGUUUAGAACGCUAGAUAUAGGAUUAAGAUUGUUAAGUCCGUUUAUGCCGUUUAUAACAGAAGAACUUUAUCAACGUUUGCCACGCGAGAAGCAGCUUUAUACAAGUAUUUGUAUUAGUCCAUAUCCAGAAAUUUCCGAGUGUCCUUGGAGAAACGAAGAAAUAGAGAAAGAUAUUGAUUUUGCUAACAAAGUAAUAAAAAACAUUCGGUCAACUCGUGCAACUUACAAUUUACCAAAUAAAGUAAAGACUGAAGCUUUCCUUGUAUGCAGCAAUGACAGUUCAAAAGAAAAACUUAUGGAAUAUCAAUUACUGAUAGAAACUCUUGCUUAUUCUACGCUUAGCAGUCAGAAACCACCAACAGGAUGCGCUAUUAUUACUGUGACGGAUAAAGUACAAGUACAUUUACUGUUAAAGGGUUUAAUUGAUCCAAAGAAGGAGUUAGAGAAACUUUGUAAAAAGGAAGAACAGUUAUUAGAUAUCAUAAACAAAACCAAACAAGCCAUGGAAGUUCCUGAUUAUAAUAUUAAGGUACCUUUAGAUGUACAAAAUAGUAACAAAGAAAAAUUGCUAAACAGUGAAGGAGAAUUGCAGCGAAUUACCGACGCAAUAGCAGCUCUACGAGCAAUGUAAUAUUUAAUUAAAAUAUUUAAAAAUGUUA